AUGACCGUUAUGGAGUCCAAGGACUUUUCGUACUUCUUUUCAGAUGAAACUAACGCCAGAAAACCAUCUCCUUUGAAAACAUGCAUUCAUCUUUUCCAUGACCCAAACAUUGUGUUUCUUGGAGGUGGGCUGCCCAUGAGCAAGUACUUCCCCUGGGACAACUUGCAAAUCGAGUCGCCGCUACCUCCCUUCCCAAAAGGCAUCGGUGCUUCUCCUUCAGGCAGUAAAGAAGAUACGUGUCACGUGACUGUCAAGAAGAACGAGACUACCAAAGCUGGUGAGACUAACGACAUCCCUCUGUCCAGAUCGCUUCAGUACGGUUUCAGUCAAGGUCAACCAGAGUUUUUGUCGUUCGUCAGAGAACACACUGACAAAAUUCACAAAAUGCAGUAUGCCGACUGGGAUGUGCUGGCGACGGCUGGUAACACCUCUGCGUGGGAAUCUACCUUGAGAGUUUUCUGUAAUCGCGGUGACACGAUUUUGGCCGAGCGGUUUUCGUUUUCUGCUUCUUUGUAUGCUGCUGAAGCCCAAGGUGUCAAUGUUUUCCCAGUUCCAUUGGAUGAGCAUGGUUUGAUUCCUGAAAAAUUGGAAGAGAUUUUGGACAACUGGAACCCCGAAGCCGCGAAGCCUAAAUUUCUGUACACUAUUCCAACAGGCCAAAAUCCAACCGGAAGCUCGCUCAGCGACGACAGAAAGACUCAAAUUUAUCGUAUUGCUCAAAAGCACGACUUCUUGAUCAUCGAAGAUGAACCAUACUACUUUUUGCAAAUGGACGCUUACGAACAGGACAAGUCGAGAAGAGUUCAAAAGAAUUUUAGCACAACCGAAGAGUUUGUUGCAUCCAUGGCUAAAUCAUUCAUAUCGAUUGACACUGAGGGUAGAGUUGUUCGUUUGGAUUCUUUCUCGAAAGUUUUGGGUCCAGGAACGAGAUUGGGCUGGAUUGUGGGUUCUAAGCAAAUCUUGGAUGCUUACAAAAUGCUUCACGAGAUGACAAUUCAGAACCCAAGUGGAUUUUCUCAGUCUAUUGUUGCUGGUACUUUGAAUAGAUGGGGACAAGAGGGAUUCUUGGAUUGGCUGAUCGGUUUGCGUCGUGAAUAUAACGAAAAACGUGAUGCUGCUAUCGAUGCUCUUUACGAAUAUUUGCCAAGAUCGUCGUUCAUCAACAUCAACCCUCCAAUUGCUGGCAUGUUUUUCACCGUCAACAUUGAUGCAUCUGCUCACCCAGAAUUUGCCACAACAUACAAAUCCGACCCAGAACUUGUUGAGCAAGCCAUCUACGAGAAGGUUGUCAGCAGUGGUGUCUUAGUCGUUCCAGGCAAAUGGUUCAAGUCCGAGGGAGAAACCCAACCACCACAACCGGCAAGCAGUAAAGCAGUAUCUGACCCUAAUAACAUUUUCUUUAGAGGCACCUAUGCGGCGGUUCCACUCGACAAACUACGCGACGGUGUUAGAAGACUGGGUGAUGCUCUUUACGAAGUGUUUGGCGUUGCCAAAUAA